AUGCCCAGAGCACAAGUCUGUACAGGAGUAGACGUGGACGCUGUUGCCGGUGCGCUAGGCUCCUACGGCGGGGAGAACAGCCCGAGCGAUAUCGCCCGGGGGAUGUUCGCGGGCCAAGCAGGCAGUUCGAGGCUGCUCAGGCUCUUCUCCAAGUAUGGGAUCAAGACUUCCUGGGCUAUACCCGGACAUUCGUGGGAGACGUUCCCUGAGGAGAUGAGUGCGGUUUGGGAGGCGGGGCACGAGGUUGUGCUUCAUGGUUAUUCGCAUGAGAACCCGAUCGCGAUGACCCCGAAGCAGGAGGCUGACGUGCUUGAGGAACAGCUCGCGACCAAGUACUGCGGAAAGGCACCCGUGGGUUACGUAGCCCCAUGGUGUGAGAACUCCCCGCAGACGUCCGCGCUUCUGCUCUCACACGGCAUCGAAUAUUCUCGUACAAACAUGCACCGGGAUGCAGAGCCCUACUAUGGGCGCGUAGGACAUACAUGGACCAAGAUCGACUAUGCUGCCGAGGCCAAGACGUGGAUGAAACCUCUUAUUCGCGGGACUGAGACUGGGCUCGUGGAGAUACCUACCAGUUGGUACUUGGACGACAUGGAACCGUUUAUGUUUAUCAAGCAGUUCCCGAACUCGCAUGGGUGGGUGGACACCAGAGUUGUAGAAAAUCUUUGGAAGGAUCAGUUCAGCUACUUUUAUCGAGAGUAUGAUGACUUUGUGUUCCCGAUUACGAUCCAUCCGGAUGUGUCUGGUCAUCCGCAUGUGAUCCUUAUGUUGGAGCGCUUCAUCGAAUGGGUCAACACGCACGACGGAGUUCAGUGGGUGACGAUGAAGGAAAUGAGCGAUGAUUUCAAGCGCAAGAACCCCCUUCCUGGAAGAGGGAACGGAUUGCCUGUGAACGACGCCUGA